CCCACCACAAUGUAUUUUCCCCUUCACAAGUCACCUCUGUCGCACUUCACCAAAACCGCCCGCACGGGAAAAUUUUAGAAUCUUUCCUCUCCAUAUCCCAAAACCACCACCGUCGCCACCCCGGGAUCCUUCUCGCCUCCUCCCCCCCAUCAAAUCCGAUCAAAUUCUCAUCCAGAAAUCCAAAUUCAUCCGGAGGAAAUCCUCACAUCGUCCUCGAUUUCGCGACCGCGCAGAGGAAUCUUGAUUUCUUGUAGCUACUACUGUCCUUGUUUUCUUCUCUUGUAACUUGAGAAGUUCCGGAAUGGCGAUCGAUGACAACGAGAGUUGUGGCAGCCGCGCGGUGGAGCCAUCGUCGCCUAAGCACUCCUGGCAGCAGAGGCAGCGGUUUGAGGUCUUCUCCGAGGUGCUGAGUCGGCUCCGGGAUUCGAACCUUGAUGAAGUGAAACUCCCGGGCUUCGAAGACCAGCUCUGGCUUCAUUUCAAUCGCUUGCCUGCUAGAUAUGUAUUGGAUGUGAAUGUUGAAAGGGCUGAAGAUGUGCUCAUGCAUAAAAGAUUACUGAAUCUAGCUGAGGAUCCGGGAAAAAGACCAGCAUUGGAAGUCCGCCUGGUGCAGGUUCAUCCCGUACACUGUGGAGCUUCACAAGAUUCCAUUGAUACAGUUUCUACUAUAAAAGAUGAACUCCCAAGUUUGCACCCCCCUCCAACAUUUGGCUCCUCACCUAAUCUUCAAGCCCUUGAACUCCAUGAUGAAAAAGCUCAUGUCAGUGAUGUAGAGAGUGAUAUCAAUUCAACUUCACGGACACACAGGCAUAUGCAUGAGAUCACUUUUUCAACUGUUGACAAGCCAAAGCUUCUGGCUCAGUUAACUUCUAUACUUUCCGAGGUUGGACUCAACAUUGAAGAAGCUCAUGUAUUUUCAACUACAGAUGGAUUCUCCUUGGACGUCUUUGUAGUUGACGGCUGGCCUUAUGAGGAAACUGAGAUGCUAAGGGGUGAGAUUAAAAAGAAAAUACUGAAGAUUAAGGAGCAGCCACAACUCAUCCCGACCCCUACUGAUAAUCCUUGCCAAACAUCAUCUGAAUCUAACUCUAUUGGAUGUGUAAAGAUACCCACGGAUGGAACUGAUGAUUGGGAAAUUGAUGCAUGCAAGUUGAAAUUUGAAAACAAAGUUGCUUCUGGUACAUUUGGAGAUCUAUAUAAAGGUACAUAUUGUAGUCAGGAUGUGGCCAUUAAAGUCCUUAAGGCAGAUUUGAGUACGGAUAUGUUAAAAGAGUUCUCUCAGGAGGUCUACAUCAUGAGAAAAAUCCGACACAAAAAUGUCGUCCAAUUUAUAGGGGCAUGUACACGGCAGCCAAACUUGUGCAUUGUGACUGAGUUCAUGUCAAGAGGAAGUGUGUAUAAUUUUUUGCACAAGCAAAAAGGAACGUUUAAGCUUCAUAGUCUACUCAAGGUUGCAAUUGAUGUUUCAAAAGGAAUGAGCUAUCUUCACCAAAAUAAAAUAAUUCACAGGGAUUUGAAGACUGCCAAUCUUUUGAUGGAUGAGCAUGGAGUAAGUUGCUUAUUAUGCAUGUUAACUGCGCCUGUUCUUUGUAAAUAUGAAUUCAUCACAGCAUGUUGAAUAUUUCAAGAUAUGACUGGGGAAAAUAUGUUCUUGGUUAGCGGUGGCAGACACAUUUGGUCUUUCUCAUUCUUUAAAGAGGAAAAUGGUAGGCUAUGUGUGGUGCUCAGAAAAUGGUAUGUGAAGGGGGAAAACUACCAUGGUAUGUAAAGGGGGGAACUACUGAGCAUUUUUCAAUUUUGGAUAUGGGUUUUAAAAUACAAAGCAUGAACAAAAAUGAAUAUGAUACGAGCUUCUUAAACUUGCAUAUAUUUUUAUUUCUCAGUCUUUAUAUGAUUGAAAUAUAUAAAUAGAAUGACUUUGAAAAAUAUGGACUUUGAACAAAUCAUAGUUAUCAAGGCGUCGCCUAGGCAUCCUGGCGGUCAGCUCCUCUCGCCAUGGUGUAUCGCCUUGCCUUAUUUCGCAUCCCCCUCGCGUAGCCUCGCCUUGCUGUCUAGGCAUCGCCUUUUGAACAUCCUUUUUGCCUUAUAGUCAGUAUACUCUGUAU